GAGCGCCUGGGCGGCGGCGGCGGCAGCGGCAGCGCGAUGGCUCCGGCGGUGGACCGGGAGGGCUACUGGGGCCCCACGACCUCUACGCUGGACUGGUGCGAAGAGAACUACGCCGUGACCUGGUACAUCGCCGAGUUCUGGAAUACAGUGAGCAACCUGAUUAUGAUCAUACCUCCAAUUUUUGGUGCAAUUCAGAGUGUUAGAGAUGGACUGGAAAAGCGGUACAUUGCUUCAUAUUUAGCACUCACAGUGGUAGGAAUGGGAUCCUGGUGCUUCCACAUGACUCUGAAAUACGAAAUGCAGCUGUUGGAUGAGCUUCCAAUGAUCUACAGCUGUUGCAUAUUUGUGUACUGUAUGUUUGAAUGUUUCAAGAGCAAGAACUCAGUAAACUACCAUCUGCUUUUUGCCUUAGUUCUAUUCAGUUUAAUAGUAACCACAGUUUACCUUAAAGUAAAAGAACCUAUAUUCCAUCAGGUCAUGUAUGGAAUGUUGGUUUUCACAUUAGUCCUGCGAUCAAUUUAUAUUGUUACGUGGGUUUAUCCAUGGCUUAGAGGACUGGGUUAUACCUCCUUGGGUGUAUUUUUGUUUGGAUUUUUAUUAUGGAAUAUAGAUAACAUCUUUUGUGUUUCACUGAGGAAUUUUCGAAAGAAGGUGCCCCCUAUCAUAGGUGUUACCACCCAGUUCCAUGCAUGGUGGCAUAUUUUAACUGGCCUUGGUUCUUAUCUUCACAUCCUUUUCAGUUUAUAUACAAGAACACUUUACCUGAGAUACAGGCCAAAAGUGAAGUUUCUCUUCGGAAUCUGGCCAGUGAUCAUGUUUGAGCCUCUCAGGAACCACUGACGAAUUAUUCCACCAAGGGAAAAAAAUAUAUCUACCAUAGGCCUCGCAAAAGGAAUAAGAAAAUCCUUAGAGAUCUACAUGUUCAAAUAUAUCAUGACCAUCGCAAUAAAGGAGGGCCCGUCUAACUAAUGCUACCAGCCACACAGCGCAUGCAGAAUGGGGCCUGUUGGGUGUUUAGCUCAUGGCUUUAUCUCAUCCUAAGUUGUUUAUGAAGAAACAGUUAUGAUGUGUAUGUACAUACUUGAAUGCUGGGAUAACUGAGCUUUUCUUAACAGAUUAACAGUUUGUGCUGGACAUAGGAAAUUAACCAUUUUCUCUUUUUGACAAGGGUUACAUGUGAAUUAUAACUUUCUUAAUAUUUGAUUAAUAAUGAAAACAGUGAGCUAAGGACUGGAAAAACCUCAUAUGCAGAUGGUCAGCUUGAGCCAGCACUGUGUCAGCCUUGAUUUAUACUGUUGUCAUAUUAACCUCAUGGAUGGUUUUCCAAGAUGGAAAUGAAAAAAAAAAGAAAGCUAGCUAGCUGCAGGAUUCCGGGUAGCUCUUCACUGUGUCUCAGUGUUGUAGACAAGCUUGAACUUACCACCGGGUUCCAUGCUUGUCACUUCCCAGUCCGAGCAAAUGGGCCCUCCCGUAAUCUUUCUGAGGGCCCACAGCACCUGCAGAAUGCUACAGCCCUGCCAGUUAAAGGUGACUGCUCUGCUCCCUUUGAUCUUUGUAGAUCUUUAGGUUAUUUAUGUUUUUAUGACUCAGAAAACAUGACUGGUGGUGUGAACUUUGAUAUUCCAUCCUAAUAGUAUAACUUGCUUGAAAAUAUCAGAAAACUGACUUUUAACAUUAUGCAGUGUUUUCCCAUCUCAGAGAGGCUGUGGGUUGUGCUUAGGAGGACAUCAGACUAAACAGUUCCAAUGCCCAGGUCAAAAGACUUUUCUUUCUUGUGCCUCAUGACUGACUUCUGGGUGUAUUUCAUCUGCAGCUACCAGGGCCACUAGCUAGUGCACCCUUGAAUGAAUUCAUUGGUUUCAUCCCAUUAUCUGUUUGUAUUUUCCAGCCAGAUAUAAUCCUUCAUAGAGCAUCUACAGGUAGAAACAGAGGCACUCCUUCAUGACUGAAAUUCUGCAGUAUUAAAACUCAGAUUCAUCCGGAGGCCAGCAGGGCAGUUUGUUGAGUGAGGGAUUCAGCCGCCAUCACCCUUAGUAACUUGAACAAAGCUCCCCAGUACCUUGUUGGAAAGGCAGCUGCACGCCUGGAAGACUUUUAAGAGUGUGGCCAGUUCCUCACAGAUGCUAGUUCUGAUAGACUGUCGAGCUUGAAAGCUCAGCAUCGAGCUUGGUAGAUGUGCUGAGCGGAAAGCAGACACAGAAGCCAGCCUCUACUUCCCCACAGCAGCCGUGUGUCAUGCGGCGGCUCUGUGCAGCAACUAAAACAAGCCGUCGCAUUGGCUGUCUGUCUCUGCCACUGCUGACCGAUGGGAUGUUGCUAGCCACCUUUAUUUCAGUGGCCUUAUCUUUUCUUCUAGGAUUCUGGGACAUUACAAGGUUGGACUUGUCCCUUCUCCCUUCCCUCUGUUUUCUUGGAAAACUUCCUGUUAACUAGAAUAUACAAAAAUCCAGUUCCCCACUGAGCACGUCACCGAAGUGGAAAGUGCCCCUCCGUGAGCCUCUAUCACGAACUCUGCGUUAGAGAACACCCGCUUUAUGAGGAUGUAAAAGAAGUAACUUGCUUGCACAUAUGAAUAUCCAUCUUGUGCUGCCAUUUCACUUGGGAAACUGAAGCAAUUUUACUUUUUUCUUUUCUUUUUUUAGAAAAGCUAGGUGAAAGGUAAUGGUGGUCAUCUGAUUAGCCUCUCUAGCUGCCCCUCCCUACCUUGGUGCUUUUAUGAAAACAUCCCCACUCCUGAAGAAAUCUUUUAUCCUUGUGAUAAUGAUUUGCUUGUGAAUAAUCUGCAAAUGAGAACCCAAAUAACAGAAGUAGAUCAAAUAUUAUAGUUCAACCAUACUGCAACAUUCCAGGGCAGUAAAUCUGAAUUUUCUGUAUACAAAGAGGAUCUAUCUUAUAAUAAGGAGAGGUGGUGUCAGUCAAAGAAAAUUAAGAAGCCAAUAACUUCUUGCAUAUAGUGCAUGAAAAUCUGUAAAUGCCUCUCAUAAUUAACUUCUAUUGUAAAGCCAGUGUCCCUGAAAGUGUAUGAUAGUUUAAAGAUUUCUUACGAGUUUUAUGAAUGCAUAAUACUUCAUCCUUGAAAACAGUUAUUUGUUGCUAAAUUUGACAAUUAAGCAAGUUAAGGAAAUUGUUUUGGCCCUGUGGUUUAUGACGUGCUACUGGACGAGCAUUUAUGUAAAGCUGAUGUUUCAGAAAGAACCAGUCAUCACUGGAAUUUGCAACUGUGGCUAUCUGCAGAUCUACCUCUGUGUUAAAUUCUCCACCAUAUCAAUGCUAUAAUAUUGUUGGAUCACGAUGUCUGGUUUUUUGAUGUCUACACUUACGUUUUGUUUACUAUGCUCUAACCAUUUGGAAAUAAGGAUUAAAAUGUGGUUAAAAGCUGGGCAGGCAUUUGACCUAGCAGUUAAGGUGCCUGUGUCCCUUAUCAGAGUGCCUGGAUCCAAUAGCCAGUUCUGCUUCUGACUCAGGCUUCCUGCUAGGGCAGACUUUGGGAGACAGCGGCGACGGCUCACGCACUUGCGUUCCUGCCACCACAUGCAAGACCUGCAUUGGGUUCCCUGCUGCCAGCUUUGGCUCCUGCCCAUUUCAGGCAUUUGGGGGAUAAACCAGUGGAUGGGAAUGCUUGUGUUUCCCUCACCCUCUCUGCCUCUCAAAGAAGUAAACUUUUUUAAAGUAAUUAUAACCUUUUCGUGGAGGAAAAGAAAAAAAGAAGAGCCAUGUCGCCUUGAUCCAUCUAACUGAAAAGUUCCAAUGCUGUUUUUUCAACUUUUGCACUUCUGUUAAGAACCAGGAGACACCUUUUUCCUAACAUCUAGCUGUAGUUGCAGGGGUGGGAAUGGGGUGGUCUCCAGCAUUGCUGGGGUCUGUGUGGGCAUGCCAGUGAAUUAAUUUCCUCAAAAUUGCCAGCCAGAUCAGCUUUCCUAUACUCAGAUAAAGAGUCACACUCAGAUAAAGUCAUUUGAAAUUCAAACAAUAAUUAAGGAAAAUUCAAACCCCAAUUAAGAAAUUCAGUUACAGUCUGCAAAUGACCUAAAAGUUCCCCAUUCGUUUAUCUGAGCUAUCAGUGCUAUAGCACCAAAGGUCACACCAUACUCAGAUAAAGAGCCACACUCAGAUAAAGAGUCAUUUGAAAUUGAAAUCAUAAACAAAAUUCUGACUUUGGGCUAUAGACUUUGAAACCUUGACAGUGACAUAUAAAUUAUAAGAGAUAACGAAUCUUACCAAGGCACAGGCCUUUCUGUGCUGGGCAAUCAUAGCAGCUAAGAGAAGAGAAAUCACUAAAGGAUUCGAGCAGUGUCGUUAUCUUCAGAAUUUCUACUGUUGUUGACACACAUUUAGCCAUUUGGAGUAAAAGCUAAGCAUUACCAACUGCACCCCCCCCCCCAAUUUAAUACACUUUAAAUAUCUAAGACUUCCUCUCAAGGUUUUCAUUUCUCAGUAAACCCAGCAAAUUACUACCUGUUUUGGAUAGUGGCUAGUGUAGAAAAGAUGGACCGCAAGAAUAUUUCAUACCAGAAAACCCAAAUUAAGAAAUUCAGUUACAGUCCUGCACAUGACCUGAAGUUCCCCAUUCUGUUUAUCUGAGUAGCUGUCAGUAUUACAGCACCAACCACAGGUUAUCCCACACUCUGCUCACCUUGUCAGCCCUUACUAACAAGACCUACUGCAUUGCUUUAAAGAGCAAAAUGUGGUACUUGGACAGUAUUUAGUCAUCAGUUACUUAAAUAUGCACAAUAUGGAGGUGGACAUUUGGCCACAGGUUACAAUGCCCAAAUCCCACGUGAGAGUGCCUGGGUUCAAUUCCCAGUUCUGACUCCUGAUUCCAACUUCCUGCUAAUGCAGACCCUGGGAGGCAGCAGUCACAGCUCAAGUGAUUGGGUUCCUGCUUCCCACAUGGGGAGACCUGGAUUGAGACCCUGCUUCUGGUCUUCAGCCACCAAGCCUUUGGGAGCUUUUGGGAAGUAAACCAGUGGAUGGGAGCUCUCUUUCUACCUCUCAAGAAAAUAAAUUAAUUUUUUUUAAUCCAAAAAAUGUCAUAAGGCUUCUGAAACCUUCCCAGCAGUGACAGAUCUGCCAGUCAUCCCUUUUAAAUCAAGUUUUGCAGAAUUACCUCUAAGAAUACAGCAGAGCGCACUUGUUAAAUCUUUUCAGCAUGUAAAUAUGAGUCCCUGAAAAUAAUCAUUUGAGACCAUCUCUGCCUAAAAGAAAAUGAUAAAAACAGAAUAUCCGAGGGCUCUAGGCUGGGGGUCAGUGAGCUGCCACCCACCAGCCAGAUCCAUUCUGCAGCUGUGUAGUCUACGAGAGAGGAGUGGUUCUUACGUGAUAAAGGCAUGGUUUCUACCAACAGCAAGACAGAAAGUACGUGUGGCAGAAACCCUCUAAGGCCUGCAAAGCCUAAAACAUUCACUCUGUGGCCCUAGGAGUUUGCCUCCCAUGCCCCAGACCAUCAGCACACGAGCACUGCCCAGCUGCACUUCUCUGCAAGGUGGCUUUCGAGGGUGUUUGUCAGACUGCAAAUCCAUGUCUCAGCUCUUUGGUGAAUGAAAUCAUAGGGUUUGUGUUUAAGAUUUACAUUAUUAUUGUUCAACAUCUGUUUUACUGGAUUGGCAACAACCUACUGUAAGGUGCCUAAACCUUUGAGGAAAUUUAUUAUAAGCAAAGCUCAUGAUCUUGUUUUCAUUAUAAAGGAAAUUCCAUUCCAUUCUAUACCAUAAAAUCCAGAACUGCUAGUUGUAUUAAGCUUUUGAGUUAACUUCCAGAAAAUUCAGAUCUUUUGACCAUUUCUUCCCAUGUGAAAUGUGCCACAUGGUAGUUGUCAAGGACCUAAUAAGCUAUUGUGGUCAUGUACACUUUUUUUUUUUUUAACUUUCUAAAAGGAAAAAUUCAAAGCCCUUUCUACAAUUAGUCUUGAUUUCUUUUUGGCUCUCUUUACAAAUGAAUAAAUGAAUCUAUUUUAAGAAAUAGAGACUGUUGGGUCCAGCAUUGCGGCACAGUGGGUUAAGCUGCUACUUGUGAUGCCAAUACCCCGUACUUGUGAGGCAGCAGUUCGAAUCCUUGCUGCUCUGCUUCUGAUCAGCUCUCUGCUAAUGCGCUUGAGGAAGCAGUGGAAGAUGGGACUUUAUGGGCUCCUACCACUCACAUAGGAGACCAGAAUGAAGUUCCUGGCUCCUGGCUUCGCCCUGGCCCAGACCUGGCUGUUGUAGCCAUGUGGGAAGUGGAUCAGAAGACGGAAGAACCCCCUCUCUCUGUCUCUCCCUGUCUGUCACUCUGCCUUUCAA